UGCUCGUGCCCUUUCUUUGCUCACACGUUCCAGCGCCGCGUCAUAGGCGACACACUCCACAGUGCGUGCCUUGCUGUCGGCUCCUUCGGCAGCUAGAGAAGCGUCUUUGAACCGUUGACUCCAUUGAAGGCGUCGAUCGUGCAGAGCUGUCCGGAUGGGUGGUUACCUGGGCCGGUCUCGCCCUCGCCGUCAGUCCCUGACUGUGCCCACUGCGGACCUCCAGAACAGGCCCUCGCCACCUGUCCAUGGUGUUUCCAGGUCUCUCGGGGUUAAUUCCAUGGAUCAGUGCCUGAACAUGGCUGGCAGCCUGUCUUUGGAAGAUGAUGAGACUUUAGCCAAUUUCCAGGAGCACCCUGGGUGCGUGAUGGUCGUUCACACGCAGCGAUAUCCAGUGGAGAAGGCCCGGGAUUUGCUUGCUGGAGAUUUUUCCUCAAUGUUCUUGACUGGCCAGCACAACUCAGUGCCGACACUGUCGGGUUCCAGGAUGUCCCGAAGCUCAAUGAUCCUGAAGGUGGUUUCUACUAAGGGCAGAGCCACGUUCCGUUUUGUUCUGGGGCAGCCGUUCCUGACUAUAUGGUCUUUUCUCAGUGGCUACUUCUCGACCCAAUCUAGGAAGAAGACACGGAUUAGUGCUCUUCAAGAGACCAGCAAAAGCAAAAGCAAAAGAAUGCGAGCAAAGAAAAAGAAAGACCCCACUAUCUUGGGAAAAGGUGGAGAAGGAUUUGCUACGCUGGAGGAAUGCUCCACAGUCGUCAAGAGACCUUCUGAUGAGGGAAAGGACUGUGAUGGUGAUGUGAGCGCCCCAUCUGCAUUUAGACGCCUGAUUGUCAAUGGUGUACUUUCUUCUUUUGUACCCAGGCCGGGUCCUUUGUGUAGGGAUAUCCAUUCCAAGAACUCAGCAAAGAGCAAUAUUAAAGAAUCCCAGAUUGCCUUCAAGAGCUCAUACAAACGAAAUGCCAUUGCCAGCUCCUACAGUUCCACUCUAGCACAGUGGCCACCAGAGAGAAUUCGUGUACAUGCUACUGGAGGUGCCGCCCUUGGAGCAGUUUCUGGGGCUGCUCCAGGCACUGCUGCAGGCGCUACCCCAGAUGAUGCUGCAGGCGCUACCCAAGGUGUUGCCGGUGGUGCUGUUUCAGGGGCUGUCACAGGCACUGUUUCACAAGCACGUGCUGCAAGUGCUGCCCCAAAGGUUGCUGCAGGUGCUGCUGCACAUGCUACCCAAGGUGCUGCCCCAGAUGAUGCUGCAGGCGCCACCCGAGGUGCUGCCCCAGAUGAUGCAUGUACCGCCCGAGGUGUUGCACGUGCUACUCGAGCUACUGCUGCAGGUGCAUCCCCAGGCACUGCUUCUGGUGCCACUGCAGAUGCUGCUUCUGGUGCUGCUGCAGAUGCUGCUUCAGGGGCUGCAGCAGAUGCUGCCCCAGGUGCUGCCCCAGGCGCUGCUUCUGGUGCUGCUGCAGAUGCUGCUUCAGGGGCUGCAGCAGAUGCUGAUCCAGGUGCUGUCCCAGGCGCUGCUUCUGGUGCUGCUGCAGAUGCUGCUUUAGGGGCUGCAGCAGAUGCUGAUCCAGGUGCUGUCCCAGGUGCUGCACCAUGCGCUCUGCCAUUCCCCAGCCCAGACUCAUCCCGGUUGAAGGAGGCUGCAAAUGAAGGUGAUGAGAAAGACGGUGCAUCUUCAGGUAAUGUGAAAAAAAAGGAAAAGAAGACCAAGAAGGAAAAAAAGAAAGAAAGGAAAGAGAAGAAGGAAAAACUCAAGAAAGCCAAGCAAGCAGCUGUCACAGAUGCUCCUCAAGUCAAGCAAGGCAACCCAAGGAAGGGCCCCCCCAAAUCUGACAUUCCAAAGCCUGUGAAACGCAAGAUCCCUCUGUUGCUGCCCAGUAGAAGAGACGUCCCACUGGUUCCGCCACCACCCCCAGGAUUAUAUUUUCGAAUCACUACAGAAGACUUUGACUUAGAAAAGAAAACUGCCAUGCAGUGGAUCAACAAGGUCUUGAAGGAUGAUGGAGCCAAGGCCCGGUGUAAUUAAAUGACCCGAGGAUGGCAACAUGUCACUGGAUACAUAAUACUGAUAUUUAGGCCUGAGAAACCAGUUUCUGUACUCUGUCCAUGUAGUAUAAUAUCACAUUUUAUUUAGAACUAUUUUGAUACUUAAAUAAGAUUGUUACCAAGAAUGCUUGUUGUAGCAUCUAAUUUAUACUCUAGUGUGAUACAUUAUCUCUUAAUAUGAUUAUGUGUCCCCCCUGUUGGUCACAGCUAUGACCCACACAUCCCCUUGGAAGCAAGUCUUCCCGACUUCCCUUGCCCAUCCUGGGGAUCGUCAUUUGUUACUGAGGGUUCUGACUCAGGAUGUUCUUUGACCCUUCAUGCCUCAGAACACUGCAAUCUCUAAUUAGAGCCUUGGGGAAGGUUACUCUUCUUGGAACCACCCUGUCCUAUUUUUUUAAAAAACUUCUGUUGCUGUGAUAAAACACUAUGACAAAAGAAGCUACGUAAGGGAGAAAGGGUUUACUUGGCAUACAGAUCCAGACUGUGGCCCAUCAUUUAAGGAAAGUCAGGGAAGGAACCUGAAGUAGCUGGUCACUUUUCCAGUCAAGGGCAGGGAGAAUAAAUACAUGGCAUACUUUCUGUGUUCAGUCCCAUACUUACACUUAAACAGUUCAAGACCCUAACUCAGGGAGUAAUACCACCCAUAAUGGAUGAGUUCUUUCAUCUUAAUCAAGCCAAACAAGACAGUUUCCCACAGACUUGCCUCCAGACCAACCGGGUCUAGACAGAUUGAGGUGAUUCUAGGUUGUGUCACGCUGACAAUUAAGACUAAAUAUUAUAUACUCUGUCUCUAGCCCCUAAAGCAACUAUCUAUGUGUUCAGAGCAGCAAACUGAACCUCCUUUGAGUGGCACCAUGAGCUCUCAUCUCUGAUUCCCAGGUAUUCAGGUCAGCAAUGUGAGAUAAAUAUACAAAUCCAUUGUUCCCCAGUGUAUCUUGUUUUCUGUAUUGCUUUCACAUUUUUUGCCUUUUGUUAUUCAUAGGAUUUUAAAUGUGAAGUGUUUAUAUGGUUAACAAGCAGAUUCUUCAUCUUAUGUCUUGGUUUAGAAUUCCUCUCAGUCCCCAGGCGUCAAUGUAAAUAAAAAAGAGACUUCCCAAAGAUUAGCAAGUUUAUCCAGGAAUACACACUGCAACAGCACUGUGUGUACCAUGGCAAGCUAUGCAUAUAUUCAAGGAGGUGGAGACAAAAGAGAAACAAGGGGAUUGUGCAAUUUAUUUUGAAACAAGUUUUGACUGCAAGUAUCAAUAACAACAGU